AUGGGCAAGGAACACGCCUACACAAUUUUGGCUCUAUGUUAUCUCUCGAAGAUACAUAUUGAGCAGGGUGAAUUGUAUAAGGCCGAGGAAACUCUGGUUGAAGAAAUCGCUGCAGGAAGACGGAGCCUUGGUGAGGAUCAUCUUGGUGUGUUAGUGGGUUGUGGCGAACUCUCUCGGGCCUACGCGCGCCAAGGCCGGCUAGAUGAAGCAGAAAGACUGAGCGUUGAGACCGUCAGCAAGGUCAAAGCUUCUCGAGGCGAGGAUCACCCCGGCUUUGCCCAUGGAAUGUGGAAAUUAGGACAGUUGUGGGAGAAGAAAGAAGAGCAAGCUAAGGCAAUCAAUGCCUAUCAGAUUGCGAGAACGGCUACUGAGAGGAGGCUCUCAUCAAAGCAUCCGCUCUACGAGAUCAUCUCUGAUCGUAUUACGUGCUUGACAGAAAACUCAGACAGGAAUGAGCUCAAAGAUGACCAUCUAGCAGACAGCCCUGCAGAGGCCGGUAUUCACGGGCUGGGUAUCACACGUUUGCAACCUACGCAAACAUGGUAG